AUGAUAAGUGGGUUUUGCAAGGAGGGGAAGAUAGAGGAAGCUGAUGGGUUUGUGGAAAUAAUGAUUCAAAGAGGUUUGCAGGCUAAUGUGGUGAGUUUUAAUUCAAUGAUAAAUGGGUUUUUCAAAGAGGGGAAGAUGGCGGAAGCUAAUGGGUUGUUGGAAUUGAUGAUUAAGAGAGGUUUGCAGCCUAAUGUGGUUACGAUUACAACAAUGAUAAAUGGGCUUUGCAAGAAGGGGAAGACGGAGGAAGCUAAUGAGUUGUUGGAAUCAAUGAGUCAGAGAGGCUUGCAACCUAAUGUGGUGACUUUUAGUACAAUGAUAAAUGGGUUUUGCAAGGACGGGAAGAUGGAGGAAGCUAAUGGGUUGCUGGAAUGGAUGAGUCAAAGAAGUUUGGAGCCUAAUGUAGUGACAUUUAUUACAAUGAUAAAUUGGCUUUGCAAGAAGGGGAAGAUGGAGGAAGCUAAUGGGUUGUAUGGCCUUCGCAUAGAGGGGAAGAUGGAGGAAACUAAUAGUUUGUUGGAAUUGAUGAGUCAAAGAGGUUUGCAACCUAAUGUUGUGACUUUUAAUACAAUGAUAAAUGGGCUUGGCAAGGAGGGAAAGAUGGAGGAAGCUAAUGCAUACUUGAAAUUGAUGAUCCAAAGAGGUUGGCAGCCUAAUGUGGUGACUUUUACUACAAUGAUAAGUAGGCUUUCCAAGGAAGGGAAGAUGGAAGAAGCUAACGGGUUGUUGGAAUUGAUGAGGCAAAGAGGUUUGGAGCCUAAUGUGGUGUCUUUUACUACAAUGAUAAAUGAGCUUUGCAAGGGGGGCAAGAUGGAGGAAGCUAAUGGGUUGUUGGAAUUGAUGACUCAAAGAGAUUUGCAGCCUAUGAUCUGA